UAAAUUCAAGAUGGCGACUGUGAGGUCAUCAUCUACGAGGAAAAGAACCAAACGCACAGAAGAAAUACCAGAGGAUGUAGGCUUACAAGCAAGUGGAUUCAAGUUCUCGCGCCAGAGUCGCUACCGAAAGGCUCCUCAGAAAAAAGGAACUGCAAAGAAAAGUGAACAAAAGAAAAGAAGAUCAAGCUUUGUUAGAGGGAGGAAGGAACGCAAGUCUCUUGUGUUUUCAUCUGCAAAGUCUGAGCUUUAUAAAGAGAUUCCUACUGAUUUGACACCUGAGGAAAGACUAAAAAAGUUAUUUGAAGCCUGUCUUAAGGGAGCAUUGGAGAAACUGGAGAACAAUCCAUUGCAAUAUGAAGUUGACAGUAUACCAAACUUUAAUGCAGAAGCAAAAGAAGUGUUCAGCCAUUUGCAAACAGUGAUAUCAGACAGCAAUAUUGUGAAUGAAGCUUUUAAAUCUGCUACCAGCAAAAUGAAGCAGAUACCCAACCCUAAAAAUGAAGAACUGGAGGCUAAAGCGGCAUCAAGGCUGGCUGUUACUGAAAGGCUGAAGGCAGAGAACAAGAAGUGGGAUGAAUUACUGUCCUUGCAUAAAAGCAAUAUGGAAAAAAAAGAUAGAGAAAACCAAGAAGAUGAUGUGAAAUCCACAGAUCAGUGUCCAGACUUCCUGUCCCCUGAACAGCACCAGCUGCUCUCUGGAAAGCCAUCAUUGAAAGGGGUAAUGGACAGACUUCAUGAAACAAAACUCAAAAUGAUAUUACAGGCAGAUGCAAUCGCCACAUCUAUAAAUACCAGUAAGGAGUAUGAAGCAGUAAGUAGCAGCUUCAUAAGCGAGCAAGUGAAAAAAUUUGCCGGCACAACGUUUGAGGCAGUUAAAGAGACAGGGACGCCUCGAACAGUGAUUCCUCGGUUACUUAAAAAGCUGUUUUAGACGUCAAUCCACCGUUGGAAAUCUUCAUUUUUUUCACACACCUUAUUUUGUAUUCGUAUCUAUGUUACUGAAUCACUGUGAACAUUUCUGACUAAUAACCGAUGGUUCUUAGCUUAUUGAAGAUAAACAUAUUUUGUUUUAGUCAUCAAACUGUAUAUAUUAUCACCUUUAUUUCAUCGCCCUAACGAAGGGCUAACGCCAAGGUGGCCAAUUUACAUUAUCUACUCAGUUGAAAGACCAACUAUCUUGAAAUACCCCUACCCAC